AUGGCGGCCUCCAAGAUACGUUUAGCAAUACUGGAUGAUUACCAGGGGAUUGCUGCAGCCAAGUUCUCUCAUCUGCAGCCCAAGUUUGAAGUCACCACCUUUUCUGAUAAUAUCAAUCCCAGCGGCAAGGCGGAAAAGGAUGCCCUAAUCGAACGCCUUCGACCUUUCACGGUUAUUUCUACGAUGCGCGAACGAACACCAUUGUCGAAAGAUGUGAUCACAUCUCUUCCCAACCUCAAAUUGGUCCUGACUACAGGAAUGAAAAAUUCAGCAAUUGACAUGGCUGCCUGUGCUGAACAGAACAUAAUCGUUGCCGGUGCAAGGGGAAUCGGAAAGUCCGGUGAAGAACAUUGCUCGCGACGAUGCGGCUGUCAAGUCUGGCCUCUGGGAGAUUCCUCCGGCUAUAGGCUUGAAGGGAAAACAUUAGGUCUAUUGGGUUUCGGCAACUUGGGUGCCAGAGUUGCCUCAGGAGGUGUGUGGGCCUUUGGGAUGAAGAUUCUAGCAUGGUCUAGCAAUCUCACCCAGGAGGUUGCAGAGCAGAAGGCCAAAUCGUUUGGUCUUCCCCCAGGGACAUUCAAGGUGGCCGCUAGUAAAGAAGACUUGCUCAAGGAAGCGGACGUGUUAAGCAUUCACUAUGUUCUGUCUGAACGAAGCCGAGAUAUCUUGGGAGAGCGAGAGCUCGCUUUGUUGAAACCCUCCGUACUCUUGGUCAACACCUUAAGAGGGCCUCUUGUCACUGAGAAAGCUUUGUUGGAGACUUUAAAUCGCGGCAGGAUCAAGGGCGCGGCUUUGGACGUGUAUGAGGUAGAGCCGUUGCCGAUGGAUAGCCCGUGGCGAACAGCGGCUUGGGGAACGGAUGGCAGAAGCCAAGUGCUGCUCAGCCCACACAUGGGAUACGUCGAAGAAGGAGCCAUGAAUAGAUGGUAUGAGGAUACAGCGUUGAACUUGGAGCCAUGGCUUGAGGGAAAGGAUAUCCCGACAAGGUUCAACUGA